AUGGAAUACAGAGAGAUAAAUCAUUUGAAUCGUGCUUACGAUUUAAUUCUAAUGUGGAAAUUAAAAUAUUCUUUUUUGCCAACCUAUGUCGAAUCAACUCUUUGCAUUCUUCAAGUUGCACUUAAAGAAUAUAAACUUAAUAAUAAUAAUGAUGGAUUAAUACCUACAAGCGAUGAACACGAUUUGCAAUUGUCUUAUUCCACAGCUUUAAUACGUUUUGUUAAUCACGUAUCCAAUCUUGUUGCUCAUAAACAUGAUAAAACAUUGUAUUCGUCUGCAAAACUUCAAAACAUACCAGAUUGGAUUGUUAACAUCAGGCAUGAAGCUGCACAUCUUCAAAAUUUACCAUCUUUAGAUGCAUUACAUGCAGCAAUUAAAAUCUCAUUCCAGUGGCUAAUCAAAAAUUACUGGAUGAAAAAUAACGUUCUUAAUAAAAAUAUGAUGACAAAUUGUGAUUUAAAUUUAAAUAUUACUGACCAUGAUAAAAGAAAUGCUAUUAAUUUUUUUCAAAACACAAUCGAAAUGUUAAUACUCAGCUGGUCGAAAAAAAAACAUUUUUUUAAAGAAAAUGAAAUAAGUAAAAAAUUUAGAUAUAAUUUAGAAACAUUUUUAACACAAAUUAAAGAAUUGUCGCUGGAAGAAAUUCAUUCUCGAAUAAAUCACCAUGAGGUUUUUAAUAAUGUGUUUAAUCACAUAAGUUCCGAAAAAAAUAAUUUCGAAUCAAAUUUUAAAAUUAUUAAAACGAUGAAAUUUGGAGGAACAUUAUUUAAAUUUAUGUUAGAAAUUUUAAGGCAGACACAGUACAAACAAUAUUUUAUUCCAGCUUUGAUGGAAUCAUCAUUUUUACAAGAUAAAUGUAUAAAUGUUUCAAAAUGGCAAAAAGUUUUAAUAUUAAUUCAAAGUGCUUCUUUACUUGAUUCCCUCAUUGAAAACCUAAUGAAAAUGGCUGCAAAUGAUAAUAUAGAAGCAUCAAAAUGGCUCAUGAUAUUGUAUCCAUCGUUGGAAUUACUCGAAAAAAAAUGGGCCAUAUUUAAAGUUUUUCGGUGUGAAAAUAAAAAUGCAUCGACUGAUGAAAUAAAAGAAGAAUUGAAAAGUUUAAGAAGUGAUCAAAAAGGGAAAAUCAAGGGGAAAAAUAUAAUAGCAUUUAAAAUUAAAAAACCGCCAGUGAUUAAUUUAAAAAUGUUUGAAGGAGUUUUAUUAAAUCCGAAUACUCACUGUUUGAAUAAAAUUAUUCUUUACAUGAAAUUCAUAAAACCUUCAUUGCCUCAAUCGACAGUUACCCUAAUAAAAAAUUUAAUUGCAUUUAAUAAUUUAAAAUUGAUGAAAAAUGUUGACGGUGAAAAAAAUGAUAAAAUUUUUAAUUUGAGUGAUUUGAAAUUAUUAUCCGGGAACAAUGAAAGUGAUCACAGGUUAAUUGAUAAUUUUAACGAUGAAUAUGAAGGAGAUUGGUGUAAAAGUAAAAUAGGUACUCAAAUAUGGAGUAAAUGUCCCAUAGGUUUAUUACCUUUUCAAAGCAAAGUAAAUUGUAACCUUCCAGAGGAUCAUGUUUGGGUUGUUGAAAAACCUCAAAUGAAAUCAAAAGAAAAGAACUUUAUGAUUUUGUAA